UCAGCUUAUAUAUAUUGUCCUACAGAGAGCUGUGGGCUAGCAGUAUAGCUACGACGACAAGUAGUUGGCCAUGGGGGCUCGUCUUGUGCUAUGCCUUGUGGUAUGUCUGCCGGUGCUCGCCGCCGGCACCGGCGUCGCCGCUCGGCCGCCGGCGAUGUUCGUGUUCGGGUCCUCGAUAGUGGACGUCGGCAACAACAACUACCUGCCGGGGCCGGGCGUCCCCAGGGCCAACAGGCCCUACAACGGCAUCGACUUCCCGGGCUCCAUCCCCACCGGGAGGUUCAGCAACGGCUACAACACCGCCGACUACGUCGCGAAGAACAUGGGGUUCGCGUUGAGCCCUCCGGCCUACCUGUCGCUGGCACCGGCCUCCUCCUCCGGCCCUCUGGUGCCGACCGCUGUCAGCAAUGGCGUCAACUAUGCUUCCGGAGGAGCUGGAAUCCUCGACUCCACCAACGCCGGGAACACCAUCCCAUUGUCGAAGCAGGUGGAGUACUUCGAGGCCACCAAGGCCAAGAUGGUCGCCGCGGCGGGCGCCGGCGCGGUGGACGCUCUGCUCUCGAGGUCCAUCUUCCUCGUCAACGCCGGCAACAACGACUUCUACGUCUUCGCGGCCGCGGAGCUGGCGCGGAACAGGUCGGCCGCGGACCAGCGGAGGGACGCCGCCGCGCUCUACGCCAGCCUCCUCUCCAACUACUCCGCCGCCGUCACGGAGCUGUACUCGAUGGGCGCCAGGAAGUUCGCCGUCAUCAACGUGUGGACGCUGGGGUGCGUGCCGGCGGUGCGGGUGCUGAGCCCGGCGGGCGCGUGCUCGGCGCUCCUCAACCAGCUCGCCGCCGGCUUCAACGACGCCCUCGAGUCCCUGCUCGCCGGGCUCGCCCCGAGGCUGCCGGGCCUCGCCUACUCCCUCGCCGACUCCUUCGGCUUCACGCGGGACGCCCUCGCCGAACCGCGGGCGUCGGGGUACACCGACGUCGCCGCCGCGUGCUGCGGGAGCGGGCGGCUCGGCGCGGAGGCCGAGUGCUUCCCCAACGCCACGCUCUGCGCCGACCGCGACCAGCACGUGUUCUGGGACCGCGCGCACCCGUCCCAGCGGGCCGCUUUCCUCGCGGCCCAGGCGUUCUAUGACGGGCCGGCCAAGUAUACCACUCCCAUCAACUUCAUGCAACUGGCCCAGUCCAGUUAGUGAAACCAUGGAUGGAUGAUGAUUAUGAGACUUGACAGACAAUUGGCAAAUGGCAAUGUAACUCUUUUGUUGUUUACUGUC